GCAGCCGACUCCGAAACAUACCGCCACCUAUCCGUCAGGAUCAACUGUUACACAUCCUGCAAAACAGAAGUAACGUUAGCUAGCUAGCUAAUAAGACGGUGAUCACCAUGGACCAACGCCACCAGUCCCACCACAGACCCCAACAUCCAAACUCCAAUCACCACGACAACCACCAGUCAACAUUCAAGAGAGACAUGGAUGACAGUGGGAGAGGCCAUUUCCAACACAAGCGCUUCAGACCCGGUCAGAACCAUCACCCGGCUGGCCCUUCAACACCCCCAUCUAGCCCCCCAACCCAGAGCCUGAGCAUACAACGACAGCUGUACGAGAGAGACUUCCCCUUAUACAAACAGCCUGUGGAGGUGGGACAUUUCUCCCUGGACUCUGAGCGCAGGUUUUUCAAUGAUGCCCGGCAGCUGCGUUACUACGUGGAGCCGGAGAAGAGUUGUCCUAACUUCGACUUGAGGGACGGGUACAGGGGCCGCUUCGUCAAGAGGGACGACAGGGUGAAGGAGAAACUGGACCACAUCCUCAGAUGGAUCCUGGCAAACAGGUCCAAGCUGCACUCGAAGGACACAGCUGCUUCUUCUUCCCCAUGUGCAUUAGGUGUAGACAUUGUGACAUGGCGCGGCCACCUAACCAAGCUGUUGACCACGCCUUAUGAGACCCGGGAGGGCUGGCUGCUGGCUGUGACCAGGAUGGGGGGGACACUGUACAUCAGUGAGGUGGAGACGGAGGCUGCACGCCGGGACCGGGAGAACCGCACCGAGAGACACGAGGAGAUGAUGUACUGGGGGUACAAAUUUGAACAGUACACCUGUGCAGAUGACGCCCAGAGUCUUCCAGAUCCAGGUGGGGUUGUAAACACCAACGAGGCCUUCUGCACUGUAGUCCAGACCCGGCUAGCCGAGCACAGACUGCUGUUCUCUGGCGAGGUGGACUGUCGGGACAAAGACCCCAAGGCCCCGUCUCCUCCAGCCAAUUACAUCGAGAUGAAGACCUCACUGGAAAUCUCCACCCCCAAACAACGCAGCAACUUCCACAGGUUUAAACUACUAAAGUGGUGGGCCCAGUCCUUUCUUCCUGGGGUACCGCGAAUCGUAGCUGGUUUCCGUGAUCAUGACGGAGUGGUUGUGUCUGUGGAGACUUACCACAUCUCCAAGAUAUCUCAGCUUAUCAAGAAUGAAACCAACUGCUGGAAGCCAACUGUCUGCAUGAACUUCUGCUGUGAAUUCCUGUCCUUCGUGAAGAGUGUGGUCACAGAAGACGAUCCAAGGGUGGUGCACCUGUUCUCAUGGGAUCCACACCGAGACGUCACCUACUCCAUCCACAGAGACUCUCAGUACUCCUUCCUACCAGACUGGUACGUCAGGGAGAUGACCAGUUCAACCAGUCGUGAGACACACCACCACCCACCUCAGACCUGAUUCAGAACAAACCUGACAAUGGCCCGUAUUGACAAAGCAGCUCAGAGUAAGACUGCUGAUCUAGAAUCAGGUCCCUCAUCCUAUUCAUUCUGAUUUAGUAGGCAAAACGGAGCCUAGAUCAGCACUCCUACUCUGAUAUGCUUUAUGCGUACAGGCCAAGGUUUUCACCUUACACCAGUAUGGACUUGAAGCAAUACUUUAACGCUGAAACCUGUUAUUUGAUAAUGAAGUAGAAACACACCAAGCGCCCUGAAGGAGUAGGCGGGUUCUGACGGGUCGGUUUUUGACGAUAAAGAAAGUCAUUUUAUUCAACUUCCAGUUAUAUAGUGUGGAUCAGCAUGGACUUUAGCAUUCACAAACCAGCUUUUGGGACUUUCUCACAAAUGGUGUCCAGGUUUACAGAAGACAUAUCUUUCCUAAUGGUUUGUGGUGUCUUUUUUUAUGUGAAGUAUUUACAUUUUUCAGCUCAUCUCUGAUUUUUAUUUUAUUACAAAUUCUGUGAUUUGAAUGUAACAGUUGCGGUUUGAAGUGUCUGCUCUGAAACUGUCGAACAAUAGUACCAUAACAAGAUUUAAUUUCCCAAUCAAACCUUUUUAUUAUUAACCCCAUGGGCACAUCGGUCACUUAUCAUGUUCUUUUCUGAAGUACAUUAAUUAAAUUAUGCCACAAAAAAACAAAACUUAAGAACAUCAAUAUUGCAUAAGCAGUUUUAACCAGUGUCAGAAUGCAUUGUCCUUUGUCCUAUAAUAAAUGACACCUUCAUUGAAUGACGCAUUGACAAUGUCGCAGAUGGUAGAAAACAUCCCAGGUAAAAGUCUGAUUCUACAAUGCAGUUGUGCUGAAUGGAAUUAACUAAAAGAAACACUAUUUGCUCUGUAAAGAUGUUAAUCUGUCAUAGCUUUCAUUUAUUUCAAUGCAAUUUACAGAAUUAUUAUUCAUUUAAAAUCUGCAGAAUGCAUACUAGUCCUAGAGUUCUCCAUGAAGGCACAUCUUGUCAUGUCCUACUGUAUGUCCUUAAUCAUUCCUCAAGUCAGAAGUGGAAAUAGACUGUUAUAACAACAUACAGUGCAUUCUGAAAUGACUCAGACCCCUUGAAUUUUUCCACCGUUUGUUACGUUACAGCCUUAUUCUAAAAUUGAUUCAAUCCCCCCCCCCCUCAAGCUACACACAAAACCCCACAAUAACAAAGCAAAAACAGGUUUAGAAAUGUUUGCAAAUGUAUAACUAAUAAAAAAAAAAAAAACAUUUACAUAAGUAUUCAGACCCUUUACUCAGUACAUUGUUGAAGCGCCUUUGGCAGCUAUUACAGCCUCAAGUCUUCUUGGGUAUGAUGCUACAAGCUUGGCACACCUGUAUUUGGGGAGUUUCUCCCAUUCUUCUCUGCAGAUCCUCUCAAGCUCGGUCAGGUUGGAUGGGGAGGGUUGCUGCACAGCUAUUUUCAGGUCUCUCCAGAGAUCUUCCUCCGGGCUCUGGUUGGGCCACUCGAGGACUUUCAGAGACUUGUCUCAAAGCCACUCCUGCAUUGUCUUGGCUGUGUGCUUAUGGUCAUUGUCCUGUUGGAAUGUAAACCAUCUCCCCAGUCUGAGGUCCUGAGCAGGUUUUCAUAAAAUAUCUCUGUACUUUGCUCCGUUCAUCUUUCCUUUGAUCCUGACUAGUCUCCCAGUCCCUGCCACUGAAAAACAUCCCCACAGCGUGAUGCUGCCACCACCAUGCUUCACCGUAGGGAUGCCAGGUUUCCUCCAGACUGAACUCUUUGGCCUGAAUGCCAAGUGUCACAUCUUGGUUUCAUCAGACCAGAGAAUCUUGUUUCUCAUGGUCUGAGAAUCCUUUAGGUGCCUUUUGGCAAACUCCAAGCAGGCUGUGCCUUUUACUGAGGAGUGGCUACCAUCUGGCCACUCUACCAUAAAGGCCUGACUGGUGGAGUGCUGCAGAGAUGGUUGUCCUUCUGGAAGGUUCUCCCAUCUCCACAGAGGAAGUCUGGAGCUCUGUCAGAGUGAACAUCGGAUUCUUGGUCACCUCCCUGACCAAGGCCCUUCUCCCCGGAUUGCUCAGUUUGGCCGGAAAGCCAGCUCUAGGAAGAGUCUUGGUGCUUCCAAACUUUUUCCAUUUUAUAAUGUUGGAGGCCACUGUGUUUUUGGGGACCUUCAAUCCUGCAGACAUUUUUUAGUACCCUUCACCAGAUCUGUGCCUCGACACAAUCCUGACUCGAUGCUCUAUGGACAAUUCUUUCGACCUGAUGGCUUGGUUUUUGCUGACAUGCAAUGUCAAUUGUGGGACCUUAAACAGAUGUGUGCCUUUCCAAAUCAUGUCCAAUCAAUUGAAUUUACCACAGGUGGACUCCAAGUUGUAGAAACAUCUCAAGGAUGAUCAAUGGAAACGGGAUGCACCGGAGCUCAAUUCAGAGUCUCAUAGCAAAGGGUCUGAAUACUUAUGUAAAUAAGGUAUGUUUUAAUUUAAUACAUUUGCAGAAACUUUUAAAAACCUGUUUUCACUUUGUCAUUAUGGGUUAUUGUGUGUAGGUUGAGGGGGAAAAAAUUAAUACAUUUUAGAAUAAGGCUCCUGAUUGGCGCAGCGGUCUGAGGCACUGCAUCUCAUUGCUAGAGGUGUCACUACUGACCCUGGUUCAGCAGUCUGAGGCACUGCAUCUCAGUGCAAGUCCCACUGCAGUCCCUGGUUCGUAUCCAGGCUGCAUCACAUUCGGCCGUGAUUGUGAGUCCCAUAGGGUGGCGCACAAUUGGCCCAGCGUCUUCCGGUUUUGGCCGAGGUAGGCCGUCAUGGUAAAUAAGAAUUUGUUCUUAACUGACUUGCCAAGUUAAAUAGAUUUUUGAAAAUAAGGUAACAAAAUGUGUAACGCGUCAGGGGUCUGAAUUUAUUCCGAAUGCACUGUAAGUCAGAAUUUCGGUGCAAUAAAGAUGUAGUAAAAUGGA